CCGAUAUCCUCACCCUCCGCUUUAUGGAUUGCAUCGGAAUCUAGGUUCUUUUAUAACAAUUAGAACUCGAGAGACGAUAAAGUUGCUUCAUAAAAAAUGGCAAACUUCCCGCCGAUUCGGGCGUGCAUUUUCGAUAUGGAUGGCCUACUUAUAAAUACAGAGGAUAUGUACACGCUUUGCGCGAAUAACAUCCUUGAAAAGUAUGGAAGGCCAUAUCUGCCAUGGUCUGUCAAAGCUAAACUCAUGGGCGUCCCUGGUUCAUCGACAGGCGAUGAGUUUCACCGUUGGGCCCAGUUGCCAAUUCCUCGCGAGCAAUUUAAACGUGAGCAAAAAGAGCAGCAGCGUCUGCAUUUCCCUCACUGCAAGCCUUUGCCAGGCGUUGAAACGCUAUUGGCGAACCUCAACUCUGCCCAUAACGUAGAUGGAAACAAGAUGCAUAUUGCGUUGGCAUCAAGCAGCGAAAAGAACAACUACGAGUUAAAGACUUCGCUGCCUGAAACGAAGGAGAUAUUUAGCGUCUUUGACGAGAAUCGACGUAUCCUUGGUGAUGAUCCGAGACUGCAGAAAGGCAGGGGAAAGCCGGCCCCGGACAUUUUUUUACUUGCACUACAGGUGAUCAAUGAAAGUCUCGGUGAUGGCGAAAAGGCUAUCAAACCAUCAGAAUGUCUAGUCUUUGAAGACAGCGUACCCGGCGUUGAAGCGGGGAGGAGAGCUGGCAUGAGAGUCGUUUGGGUCCCACAUCAAGGUCUUGCGGCGGAGUAUGAAAAACGAGACAAAGAAGUACUGGCUGGCAGAACUGGGUUGGUUCCGAUAGGAGAUGAAUGGCAGCUGGGGAAUGUUGACGAUGGCUGGGCUGUGAAAUUAGUUACACUAGAAAACUUCCCUUAUGAGGAAUACCAAAUCCAGGCGGAUUCCUGAAAUUUUGUCCGAGGUUCGGAAAAGUUAUCAUUAUAAGAAAUGGUAUGCUGUUGUAACGACCUAACGAACCAGAAACGAAAAUGACACUAUUUGACGAAGAC